AUUUGUACUUAUUACUUAAUCUAAGUAGGCGACGUAAGACGAUCUCGUUGAUUAACUUGAGGGCGAUUUUGGAGGUCGUACCAUGUAACCACGCUUCGGCAAACAUCACAAGUUACACCGUACUGUCCAGCCGAGGCCCAUAAGAAGAAGAUGGCAAGCCCUAAUGGAGAAGCCUACGAACGCCGGCGAGAACAGGUUCGACGAGCUCAGAAAUCCCAUCGCGCACGCAAAGCAACCUACGUCAAGUCCCUCGAAUCCGAGGUCAGCGAGCUCCGGAGAGAAAACGCCACUCAGGCCGCCCUGAUACGUACGCUGAGAGACUCCCUCAUCACCAACGGCAUCCCCAUUCCUGCCGAGAGCCAUGUACCAGUCGCCACCAUCGAAGUAGGUAAUCGUCGCCUCUUGUACCAAGAGAUCUCCGCCCGGUUCAAGGCCGACGACUCCUCUCCGGACCCGAAUCGCGCAUUCGCAUUUCCGCACACGCCGCCGCAAGCACCACCCUCACAGAGCAGUUUUGGCGGCGAUACAAGCCACAGCGACUCCGACUUUCUUACUCCGCCGACCAGUAUAUGUGCGCCCUUGGAGCGAGUGUCUUCCGCUACUUCAUCCGCCUCCAUCCCCGGACCAUCCUUCGGACUCGCCUCGGGACUCGCCUCCGCUCCCUCCCUACUGCAAAACACCACAGAGACCACCACCACCACCACCACCCCUGGCACCACCAUCUACGCACACCCCCAAGGCCUCGACGCCACCCAAGUCGGCGUCAACUUCGUCCUCAGCCUCGAAUCCCCCUGCCUCUACCACCACCGCCUAAUCAUGCCCGAAAUGCUCCUCCUCAGCGGCCAAAUCGGCAACGGCCACCGCCAAAUGCUCAGCGCGCCCAUCAUGGCCCGCGCCCCCGAGUACAGCUUCAAUCCGCUCCACCUAGGCAUGCCGUCCGAUGCACGCUGGGAUGUGCCCGUGCGUGAGCUGGAGAACUUGUUGAAGGGUGCCGGGGAGUUGGGCUUGGCGGAGGGGGAAAUCACGCCGGUGCAAGGGUGGAUGUGGUUGAGGCGGCAUCCGCGGUUUGGAAGGUUGGGGUUUGAGGGGUUGGAGGAAAUGAGGGGGGGCUUGGUGCCGUUGGUGGAGUGUCAUGGGUUUGGCGCGGUGUUGGAUCGGGGCAGGUUUGUGGAGGUUGUGGAGAGGGUGCUGGCGGCGGUGUGAUGAGGUGGGGUCGGUGAGGUAAGUCGUGGCUUCCACUCCAGCUUGACGCUGGAGGGGCUGGCGUCAAGCUUCCUCCUGCCUGGAUGCAAAUUCGCCUUUUUGGCCUGGGCGAACGUCGUCUGGUACACGACCUUGUACUCGGCUCACGGUGUUGCGAACAUUAACGGACCAUUUAUAUGCCUGCUUAAUCGUUGGCCCGUUCAGGAUUGGCUGCCACGAGCAGAACAGAUGGUAGAUGACCGGACCCGCUUCACCAGAAGAGAACGACUUCACAUUGAGGCUUGAAGUUCUGCUAGGCUUGAAGUUCUGCUAGGCUGGAAGUUCUGCUAGGCUGGAGGUUCUACUAGGCUUGAAGUUCUGCU